AAGAGGGCACCGUCCCCCUUCUUCUCAGAGUCACAGGGACACCCGUUCAGCUUUCUUAUUCUCUCUCCGUGAACAAAUCACCGUGUUCUUUGCUGGGUUCACCGGAAUGUCGCCGGUUUCUUCUUUUACGAGAAUCGCCGGUUCCUUUCCCUUUUCCAGGCUCUUCAGGCAGCUAGAACAGGAGAUGGAAACUGUGAUUAAGGUUCUACAGCCUGGACCACUGGGGAUUGUUGAGCACAAGUUCUCUGCUGAAGAGAUACGUGAGGCGAACGCUACCGUCAAUAGAGCAGUAGAGAAUUGGCGUAGGAAUGCAACCCUAGAAAAACAUAAUGAUGUACUGAAAGAUUAUAUUGAGAAAUGAUCAGAUUCUUAGCUUCAGAAGUAAGAUGAAAUUCUUGUCUCUUCAUUGUCUUGAAUAAUCAAAUGAGAAGAACCCUCUAUCACAUGUAAGCCU